AAUAAGCGUAGGAUGGGUCCAUUGUCAGAUUUUGAAUAUGAAAAAUUAAGAAGCACCUAUACCGAAGUCUAUGAUGAAGAUACUGGAAGAAUGAGGGCUGUUAGAGGCGAUGGUGAAAUUAUCGAAAGAAUAGUAACAAAAGAGCAGCACAAGGCAAUCAACUAUAUAGCAACCCAUCAUCCAACCAAAUAUGAUUAA